UUCUUCAUCAUCAAGUUUGAAUCUGGUACUAAUUCUGGCAUGAGUAGACCAAGCCAGAAACACCAGAGUGCGCAGCUGAAUGCACAAACGCUCACGAAACGCUCACGAUAAUAUUUCUUCCGUAGCUAGGUAUAUCUCUAUCGCUCUUAUGUAUUGGCGCGACAGAGCCAGACUACAUUUCUGCGGCGUUUCGGUGGCGGUUCGCGUCGCAAAAAUGUCAUUCGUUUCGUUUACGGGGCCAGGAUUUUUUUUAGAUUAUAAAUGGGCUUACUCUUGGCCACAGACUAGCCAAAGGCAAAUACGUGGCCUACGAUGGGAUGGAGUGAGCUCGCCCAGAAGAUGCCUGUUCACUCUUGAUUUGAAGGUUGCCGGGUUAUAUGAGCUCUAUCAGUGGGAAUAAGGUUUUGGGACAAUGUUUUUAUGUAAACCCGACUACGGCAACGCAAAACGAGGCUUUUGGUAUGUUUACAGAUAUAGUGCGAAAAGGGUUUCCUUCGCAUGUUUCCGGAAACGUUCGCAUUUGUCAUGCUAGUUCAGUCAAUGUCGGUACAUAAGUAUAUUAUUGUACUGAGAAUGACUGUAAUAGCAUGACACGUUCGUACGUUUCCGUAACGAUACGAAGGCAAAUCUUUUCGCACUAUUUACAUCUGUAUUAUCUUCUAUGCCCUCGCAACUUUAAAUUUUAUCAUAUUUUCGCUGAAUGUGAACUGAACAGUGAUCGCUUUUGGCGUCAUUUCUAAGGGCCAGUUGCAUCAAUCUCAUUUGAAUGAAUCACAGCAUCGUCAUGCAGCAGACGAGUACCUAUGGAACUUCCCAUACAAUAAAAUUUAACGAAUGCUUUAACGGUAUGACAGACGGUUUGGUGCAACUGACCCUAAGUAACAUAAGGUUAGGUAAUUAUUCCGAACACGUGAAAUAUAUAUAUAUUUUAAUUUGUUUACUCAAAAAAGGUUUCACAGUAAUUGCUAAUUAUUGUAUUUUCGCCAAAUUGUAUGACAGUUUGUUGGCGAAUGUAAGCACUCACUAUUAUUUCCUUAUCUUCUACUGUGCGCUGAAUUUUAAUUGUUUCUAAUUGCAAGGCUAACUCUUCCCACCUAGUGGGGAAUCCGAACAGGUGAUGUCAAAAUACAAUUUAUAAUACCUAUUUGAGUAGUUCAAAAUUUAGUAAUGUACCUAUUGUUGUUUUGCAACUAUAUAAUGUAUGACUGUAUCCAUGCAUCUUACCAAUAAUUAAACUGAAUGUAAAAAAUGUAUAGGUGCUCUUAUGUAUAGUUUUAUCGAGCUAGAAUAUAAUUACAUCCAAUGAAAUUAUGCAAAUGAAUCUAGGUCUAAGUAGGUUAAACUUCGCAUAAAUGAGGCCCAUAAAUUGCAUGGCAAACACGGGAGACGCUACAAUAAUGGGCCGUAAUAGCUGUUAGCUCUCAUAAUGAUAACAAAGUCGCUGCAAGUCAUUUACUCGAUUAUCAGAAAAGAGGAAGAUUCAUAUGGAGAACAGUUUUACACAGUAGGAAUGUUGACAUCAUGAUCCCACUUGUACUCUGGAUCAGCGCUUAAAUAGUAUUGAAAUUAAAAUUAAUGAAAAAUCCAUUUGAGGGAAAGUAAAUAAUUGCAUGUUAGACUGUUAAUUGUUAAAAAAUCUCAGUGCAGUGUUUCAGGCUACCCGUAACUGAACAUCUUUUCUUUUUAAGCUGUGAGCUAUGUGAGCUUACCAUAUGCUAGGAUUUGUCGAAAUAGAACUUCGCCUUUAUGACUUCAAUGAUGACUGGCGUCCACUAGGCUCGCCGAAUCAAAUCUUAAUUCGCCUUCUGCAUUUACUAUGUAACGGCGUCCAAUGGCGACGCAUCGAAUCGAAACCGUUCAUAAAUACCGGGAGGUAAAUGAGAUUCGACUCGGCGAGCCUAGUGGACGCCGACUUUUAAAGGCGUCUAUGUUAAAACUAGAAAGUAUUUUUAGUGACAGGGGCUGCCGUGCUAGCUCCAGAAGUGGCUCUUAGUCAACAUGGAGCUGAUGUCGUUCGCGUUGGCGUACUUUACUGCUAAGCGGCUGUCGCUGCUGACUGUCUUUCUCUGCUCGAGGCCAGAGGAGCUGUCUGCCCUAUUUCGUGAUGCACAGCGUCAUGGCAUGCGAAUCAGUGUUGCCGACUGGGCUCGACUUCCGGCCCUUGAGCCUUAUGGGCCUCACCGGGAAGGCAUGUUGCUGGACGUGACCUGUCCCGAAGCCCCGCGUGUUCUAGAAAAGGCGUCUGCAACCCGCGCCUUCAACCUCCGCCACACCUGGAUAUUGCUGCACAAUGCACCGUUCAACGCAUCCCUUAUGGAGGCUACCCUGGGCUCGACAAUAGUGCUGCCAGACGCUGACGUCGCGUGGGCAGCCAACGAUACACUUCUGGAUGUGUAUCGGAUCAAGCAUGAUCAACCUUUGAUUACAAUGCCGUUGGGGGACGACGCGGCUCGUGUAUCACUCCCAGCUGCUCCUACCAGGAGGAGAGACCUUAACAACGUCUACUUGAGGAGCUCUACUAUAAUAACGCAGCCCCAAUUCUUCAAGGGCUGGGAUGACCUGACGGUGCGGCAGAUUGACACCUUCCCAAAACUGACGUGGCCACUCAUGCAUCUGCUGGCAGACGACCUACACUUCAGGUACAACUUGAUACAAGUAGACUUGUACGGCGAGAAUCGGAACGGAUCAUUCGACGGGCUGGCGGGACAGCUGCAGCGGCAGGAGAUCGAAGUUGGCAUCACCUCCAUGUUCCUGCGCGCUGAUCGCAUGAAAGUCCUGCACUUCUGCUCCGAGACUGUUGAACUCAGAGGAGCUUUCAUGUUCCGGCAGCCGUCAAAGUCCUCAGUCUCCAACGUGUUCCUGCUGCCGUUCAGUCGCGGAGUGUGGAUAGCGACGGCGCUGACACUGGGGCUGGCUGCAGCAACGCUGGCGCUACUGGCGCGGAGGCGGCAUUUGAGGGCCGUUGAUGUUUCGCUGGAACAGUUGUCUAUAGGGGAGACUGUUAUCUUUACUAUCGGAACUGUUUGCCAGCAAGGGUUCCACAUCGUGCCUGAACUGGCUUCAGCGCGCUUGGUGAUGUUCUGCGCCCUGAUGACGGCCCUGUUCGCGUUCACGGCGUACUCCGCCAAGAUCGUGGCCAUCCUGCAGACGCCCAGUGAUGCUAUUCGCACCAUCGAUGACCUCACCAACUCGCCUAUGACCAUGGGAGUCCAGGAGACCACGUACAAGAGGGUUUAUUUUGCUGAGAGCACUCAGCCGGCGACGCAGAGGCUAUACCGGCGCAAGCUGUUGCCGCUCGGUGACAGAGCGUACCUCAGCGUUGUAGACGGGGUGGCAGCCUUGCGUACAGGCCUGUUCGCCUUCCAGGUAGAAGAACCAUCUGGGUAUGAUAUCAUCAGCAAAACGUUCACGGAGCGCGAGAAGUGUGGCCUCAUGCAGAUCCAAGCUUUCAAGAUGCCCAUGGUUGCCGUGCCCAUACGAAAACAUUCCGGUUAUAAGGAGCUCUUCGCUACCAGGUUGCGAUGGCAACGCGAGACGGGGUUGAUGGAUCGCACUCGACGUAUUUGGCUGGCGAGCAAGCCGCGCUGCGACGCCAACUCGGGAGGCUUCGUGAGUGUCGGCAUUAUCGACAUCCUGCCUGCUUUACACGUACGUUACUGUCUGAGAGUGAGUGACAAAGGGAUAAUGGCCAAUGUGGCGAGCAAGCGCACUGCGACGGCAACUCGUGUUCAUGCGUGUAGCACCAUCGACAUGCUGCCUGCUUUACAUGCACGUUAUUGUCAAUCAUAAAAAAAAUCGCCCGAACUUGCCGGGGAGCCAGAGACCCUUAACAUGUUCACUAUGGAGGUCAUAAGCCCCCAUAUAAAUAUGUCACCCUGGUAGUCGAAGCGGAAGUAUAGCACAGCGUGAAUUUAUUUUUCCCUCAUAUUUAUUUCCUUCUCUAUGACAUGGACAGAACUAACCCUAGCAUUGA